GCGGAAGUGCACGAGUGUGUGUAUGUGUGUGUCUGGACGCUGCGCGCGUUGUGAGGUGUAGAUGUGAGCGGGCGCGCGCGGACACACCAGAGUGAUCUGAGUGAGAACCGCGAGCAGAACAGAGGAGUGUAUUGUUGGUGUGAGUGCUGAUGUCAGAGCGCUCUGUACCUGAUCAGACAGGAAUGUCUCAGUCUAGUCUCGAGUCACAGCGGGAGGAGUCGAGCGUGACGGCCGAGGCGAUGAACCGUGCCGAGGCCGCGCGCAUCACCGAGAUCAAUGCUAAAGCGGUCGGCCGCGAGAGUCUCAGUGAGGAUGAUGAAGGCUGUCGGGAGGCGGUCGCGCAGAACCGCAGCAGUAACGACCGAGAACAGACACACACUCAGGAGGACAGCAGCUCUGAUCCCACAUCAGAUAGUCCUGAACCUCCAGAGAACCUCAAGGUGGUCAUGGCAGAUGAGGCCUGUAGGAGUCCAGUUGCCGAGCUGUCAGUCAGCAGUAACGGAGCCUCAGGUGGAGAAGUUUUUCAGCAUGACGCGUCACAUGGUGUACCCUCUGGACCAAUCACAUCACACACAGCAGACCGUGGCGUGAUGUCUGAGGGCGUGGCUGCAGGGGGUCCACACACAGGUACGGGACAGAAGACUUCGCCCCCAUCGUCCUCGUCUCCUUCCUCUCCCGUCGUGUCUCCCAGUCCCGUGUCUCGCUCGGGCAGUGACGGUCAGGUGGAGAGAGAGACAGGCGAUGUGCAGGUGCAGUCUACCAGCGGCGCUGUGGUUCUUGCCGACGACAUGAAAAACCCGGCCAUGGAAAAACUGGAGCUCGUCAGGAAGUGGAGCAUCAACACCUACAAAUGCACUAAACAGAUCCUGUCGGAGAAGCUGGGUCGCGGCUCUCGCACCGUGGAUCUGGACCUAGAGGCUCGAAUCGACGUGCUGCGCGAUAACAAGCGUAAAUACGAGCAGGUGGUGAAGCUGGCGCAGACGCUGGCUAAUCAACUCGCGCAGAUGAUGCAGACGCAGCGACAGCUAGGAGACGCCUUCGCUGACCUCAGUCUCAAAACACCUGAACUCCAUGAGGAGUUUGGCUACAACGCUGAGACUCAGAAGCUCCUGUCGAAGAACGGCGAGACUCUUUUAGGAGCCAUCGGAUUCUUCAUCGCCAGCGUCAACACUCUGGUGGACAAAACCAUCGAGGACACCAUGAUCAACAUCAAGCAAUACGAGGCAGCCAGGAUCGAGUAUGACGCGUAUCGUACAGAUCUGGAGGAGCUGAACCUGGGCCCGCGUGACGCCAGCACCCUGCCCAAGAUCGAGCAGUCUCAGGCCCAGUUCCAGAUCCACAGAGAGAAGUACGAGAAGAUGCGCAAUGACGUCGCCGUUAAACUCAAGUUCCUGGAGGAGAAUAAGGUGAAGGUUCUCCACAACCAGCUGAUCCUCUUCCACAACGCCAUCGCUGCGUAUUUUGCUGGGAACCAGCAGCAGCUGGAGCAGACGCUUAAACAGUUCCACAUCAAACUGAAGCUGCCCGGCGCAGACACGCCCUCCUGGUUAGAGGAGCGCUGAGUCCCACACUAACCCCGCCCACCGAACGACCUGCGGGCGGUCUACUCUGGAGAGGAAGCAGGAAGUUCAUGCACUAAACAUCUCCCACCCACACACACACACACACACACCCUGUCUUCUUGCCGUUUCUCUGUCUUGCCUUUUGGGGACACUAAAGCUGUUCUCUCAGUGUGUUCAGUUUGGAGAGAAGAACAAACCUCUUCUCGUUCUGUCGAGUGUGUGUGUGUGUGUGUGUGUGUGUGUGUGAGAGAGACAGUUUAUCUGGGAGAUCAUCAGCCAUGCACUUUGACAACCUCCUGAAACAGUUACGACAAAUCAGAGCUUUUUAUACACACAGAAAGAAAAUGAUAUAUAAACCAAAGGGUCUAUAGAAACUAAUCCAGAUGUGUCCAGAGGUUUUUCCUCACUCUGUGGGUUUUUCCUGCUUUUCAUAUAAACCUGAGUGAUUCCUCUCUGUCUCUUCUGCUGGAGAAAUCCCAGAGACGCCGUGUUCUGGACCACUGAGUCAGGGGUUUGGGGUUUAUUAUUAGGCUUUAAAUUAUAUCUUGUUUGAUGCGUGUCGUGUUUUUAUUAAUUGGCGAGGAGGCGGGUCUUAGAACACUUUAUACUUAAUAUUAAUGAGCUCACAUGAAUGUUUUUUCAGAAGCUUUGACUUCAGUAAUGUGCCUUUUCCCUCUCCAGAAAACAAGCAGUUAGAAGAAAACAAAAAAGACACUUUAAUGCUGUGGACCAACACACACACACACACACACACACUCCUGCUCUCUAACUGCAUUCCAGAUUAUAAACUGUUUCAGAGCUCUUUUGUGUUUGAUUAAAAUGAAAUUGUUUCUCUGAUCCAGGAGGUGGCGCUGCUUUUGGGAGAUUCUCUCUUUAUUGCGCUGCUUCACACACGCUUGAUGGUGAUGAUAUCUUUUUUUUUUCGCUUUCCUUUUUGCAAAUUUUAGAACCAGAAAAAGAAAUUCAUCAAAUCCUCCACAGUCGAGUCCGGACAUCUGCAUGAACACGAUCUGAUAUUAAACUCACAGAUCAUUAAUAACUCAUUAAUUAGUCAUGCUAGCUGCAAACUAUAGACAUUUAUAUUUUAUUACAGUUCCUUUUUUAAAUUAGGACUUUUCUUAUAUAUUUCUAACACACGGCUCAGACUGAGGGCUCUUUACACUCCUUACACUCUUUACACUCCUUGUGAGUUUGGUUGUUAAGCUACGUCUUUAGACUCCACCGUAUGACCUUUAAUAAACGCUCAGUAAGCGUCCUGUAUCAGCAGCACAGAUGCACAUUUGCAGAGUGACCCGAAAACUCACCGAGUACCAGCUCUCUGUGUCUCUCUCUCUCUCUCUCUCUCUCUCUCUCUCUGUCGUGUCUGUCUGUCUGUCUAUAUAAAUAAAUUUGUACUGUUCUGUAUUUUACAUAUUUUUGGAUAAAUCUAAAUGUAUUUUGCUGUGGGCAUUUUAAGCGAUGAUGAUCAUAUAAACAGUAUAAAAGUUGUAAAAGUCUAUAAAGCUGUGGAUGAAAAGAAUUAAAGCUUUUUAUUUGUAAAAA